AACCAUAUCUUCUUAUGAAGAACAUACACAGAACUCAUUUGAAGUCAAAAUUUCCACAACCUGCCAAGACCCUUCCUUCUUAGUUUCUUCUUGCUAAAAUUCCUCUUACUACUCUAUGGUCUAACAAGGUAUCAUACAUCACUUCUGCAACCGAAUGGAACAUGAGAUUUGUCACAUUCAUACAUAUGGUACUUAAUCAUGGGCUUGUUCAAAAGUGGAACCUUGUUUUUCUAUUUUCUCCUUUGGUUUAGAACAUGCCUAGCCAAUGACCAACACAUUGGUCAGAUAUAUCCUGGCUUCAGUGCUUCUCGGGUGGAUUGGCAAGACCAUGGUGGGUUUUUCUUGCUAUCUAACAGCUCAGCUUUCGCUUUUGGAUUCUUUACUACGUUGGAUGUUUCACUGUUUGUUUUGGUUGUCAUUCACUUAAGUAGCUACAAAGUGGUUUGGACUGCCAACAGAGGCUUACUCGUUAGAAAUUCUGAUAAAUUUGUGUUUGACCGUAGUGGGAAUGCAUAUUUGGAAGGUGGGAAUGGUGUAGUUUGGGCAACAAAUACAACAGGACAAAGAGUGAGAGCCAUGGAGUUGAUGGACUCCGGGAAUUUGGUGUUGCUUGGGGAAAAUGGGACACUUAUUUGGCAGAGUUUUAGCCAUCCCACUGAUACUCUUUUGCCCGGUCAAGCGUUUGUUGAAGGAAUGAGACUCAAGAGCUUCCCUAACCGCAUGAACUUGUUUCAUUAUCUUAGUUACUUAGAAGGUGAUUUGGUUCUCUAUGCUGGAUUUGAAACUCCACAAGUGUAUUGGUCCUUAUCAGGGGAAGCCCAGAGAAGUCCAAAAAAUGACACUGGUAAGGUUCACUCUGCAUCACUGGUGUCCAAUUCAUGGAAAUUUUAUGACAAAAAUGGAGCUUUGCUAUGGAAAACUGUCUUCUCUGAUCAUUCAGAUAAUAAGACAUUGUGGGCUGCUAUUUUGGACCCAAAUGGUGCAAUCUCUUUCUAUGACCUUAACAAAGGGAAGUCUCCUAACCCUGAGGCAAUUAAAGUACCACAAGACCCUUGUGGCAUUCCUGAGCCUUGUGAUCCUUAUUAUGUUUGCUUCUUUGAAAACUGGUGUGAAUGCCCUGCGCUUCUCAAAUCUCGUUUCAAUUGCAAACCUCCAAACAUCUCAACAUGUUCUAGGAGUUCAACAGAUCUUGUGUAUGUUGGUGAAGAGCUUGAUUAUUUUGCUCUCAAGUAUGUUGCACCAGUUUCAAAAUCAACCCUGAGUGCUUGCAAAGAGGCUUGUUUGGGAAACUGCUCAUGCCUUGUGCUUUUCUUUGAGAACAGUACUGGUAGAUGCUUUCAUUUUGAUCAGACUGGGAGUUUCCAACGCUACAAGGGGAGCACUGGUGGUUAUGUUUCAUACUUGAAGAUCUCGACUGAUGAUAAUGGAAAUGGUAACAAAAAUGGAAGGAAUAACAUGAUGCUAAUUGUUGUCAUAGUAGUUCUCACAGUUCUGGUUAUAGUUGGUCUUAUAACAGGAUUCUGCUAUUACAACAGAAAGAAGAAAUUUGAGAAGUAUCCUGAAGACGCCUUGGAGGAAGAUGAUUUCUUAGACAGUCUCUCUGGUGUGCCUGCUCGGUUUACUUUUAAUGCACUGUGUAGAGCAACUAAGGAUUUCUCCACAAAAAUUGGGGAAGGAGGUUUUGGCUCAGUGUAUCUAGGUGUGCUUGAAGAUGGCACCCAAUUGGCUGUGAAAAAAUUGGAAGGUGUUGGACAAGGGGCAAAAGAGUUUAAGGCUGAAGUGUCCAUAAUUGGAAGCAUUCAUCAUGUUCAUCUUGUCAAGUUGAAAGGGUUCUGUGCUGAGGGUCCUCAUCGCCUUCUUGUCUAUGAAUACAUGGCAAGGGGUUCUUUGGACAAAUGGAUCUUCAAGAACAGUGAAAACACUUUCUUAUUAAACUGGGACACAAGGUACAACAUUGCAAUAGGCACAGCAAAGGGACUGGCCUAUCUUCAUGAGGAGUGUGAAGUGAGGAUUAUCCACUGUGAUAUCAAACCACAAAAUGUUCUUCUUGAUGACAAUUUCACAGCCAAAGUUUCAGAUUUUGGAUUGGCUAAGCUAAUGAGCCGAGAGCAAAGCCAUGUGUUCACAACUCUAAGGGGAACAAGGGGAUAUCUUGCACCAGAAUGGAUCACUAACUAUGCAAUCUCAGAAAAGAGUGAUGUGUUCAGCUAUGGCAUGGUGUUGCUUGAGAUAAUUGGAGGAAGAAAGAACUAUGAUCAGUGGGAAGGCUCAGAGAAAGCACAUUUUCCAUCUUAUGUAUUCAGAAUGAUGGAGGAAGGAAAACUGAAAGAGGUUCUUGACCAAAAGAUAGAUAUUGAUGAUAAGGAUGAAAGAGCUGAGACUGCCCUUAAAGUUGCUCUUUGGUGCAUACAAGAUGAUGUGAAUUUGAGGCCUUCCAUGACUAAGGUGGCUCAGAUGCUUGAAGGUUUGUGCCCUGUACCUGAUCCCCCUUCAUUAUCUCAGUCCGGUACUUAUUCAGCUUUCAUGAAAAUGAGUAGUGGUGAAGCUACUUCGUCAGAUUUUUAUAGUAAUGUACCCUUGUCGUGUGUUCAGUUAUCAGGACCAAGAUGAGAUCAAUAAAAGUAGAUGAAUCAUGCAUACGUACCUUUUUAUGUUCAUUUUCAAUAAUAUGAACAUCUCUAGUUUGGCACUUUUGGUCUUGUCACUGUUUAUUUUUAGAAACCCUUAUGAUUUUUUAACUAAAAUUAAUGAAAUGACUUUGUUCUGCCUGGUGAAUCCCUUGUUUCGGGGAAGGACUGGGGAUGACCAAAAACAACAUUUGCAACAGUGAUUAAUUUAAUUUAGUAUUUGUUGUAAUUAUAAUUUAGAAACUAAAUUCUUAACAUCAAAUGGUAGUUAGAAUAGUCAUUAUAUGUAGCCGGUAGUAAGGUAAUUAGCUGUGAUUUUGUUAUUUAUUAAUUAACCAAUCUUCCUCUCCCUAACCAUCAGUCACUGUGUGUGUAUAUAUACACACACACAUAAUUUGCUUGUACAUAUGUAGAAAAAUAAUAUUCAAUCAACAAGAACUCUCUUUCAUUC